UGUAAAGUUGUCUAAAAUUACUAGAUUUAUCCUAUUUAUAGGCAAUUAGCUCCCUUAAGGCACUUUGUUGGCGAUUUUCCUGACUAUAUGUACUAUAGAGGGUAGGAUACCUUUCGGAAAGUAUUGAGAAGGAAAUGAUUGAGGAGGUAAUCGCAUUUCAACGAAACCGUAAAAACCACAGACUUUCUAAGAAAAUGCUCAACCCAGGUAUUCUGGUCAACCCAAGAAGGAAAUAAGGAUAAGAUCAUUAAGAGGAAUGGUCAGACUCGCCUUGCCAAUGAUUUUUAUAAAUAAGCUUAAUAAGAAAAAGAAGGAAGAGCCUAUAGCUCGUAAUAAACUUCUGAGUAAGGUACAUUACGUGAAGCAGCAAAGAGCAAGAUCUCAGCCUCUAAUUGGUUCUCAUGAAAGUACUAAAGUUUCUUCCUCAAAAUAAGCAGCUGACCGAUCUUCAGAAAUCCUCUGUUGCUUAUAAAAAUCAGCUUGCUAAGAAGAACCAACAGACCCAAAAUUUGAUCAGAAAUAUGAGUAAUAUAAGGAAAGAAAGAAUCAUUCGAGCUAAUAAAGCAUUUGAUGCAAUCACAUGUUUUUCGAAAGGCAAUUUACGAAAAUCUCAAAUAUCCAAAAAUCUGCAUAAAACUCUCAAUACCAAAUCUGGCCCAGAGGUCUUAAUUUCUGAAGGGAGGGAACUUUCUGAAGAUAGCCAAGGAAUUGUAGAUAUUCUAGAAGGAGACUUGGAUAAGCUGAAAGUGCUUUCAUACCUCCAGAACUGGCUGAAGAGAGGGAACACAGGGAAGAAGAGGGGUCCUGGUCGGGAUUUUGGGGAUAUUUUUGGAGGGGAUAAGGACCUAUGGGCCCUUUUUAGGAGUGCUUAUGGCCAAAAUAGCUUGCCUAAGCAUGGGGCAGGAGGUAGUCAGGGCAGUAUGUUUGGGGAGAUUAAAGGGAUUAACUUUGGCAGCCAAUUCCAGUUUCUUGAUACUUAUAAGAAGAAUGAAGGGGUUAAGUCGAAAGUAACAAAUGGGUUGCAAGAUGAGUGUGAUAGUUCGAAGAUGAACUCUCACAAGGAGAUCCCACUUUCUUUUAUCUUAAAAGAUUUGAUUCAGAAAUAAAGAUGAGUAUGAUAAGGAGAAGCUGCCAGGGAGGAACAAUAUGAAUGAAAAUUUCCCAAAAAUUCCUAAAAUUCAGAAAAAAAGAAAAGCUAAUUUGUCCUUACCUAAGCAGAUUGAGUUAGAUCCAAGUUUGGAUAAAGAUAUCAGAGUUUUACAACUAAAGCAGAAGAGGGAAUUUUCUAAGACUAUUAAAUAACCUUGACCUUUCCAGGAAGAUUGCCCAUACUUACAAAUAAUAUCCCGGAAUUAGCAUCAGAAGACCCUAUUGUAGCGUCUGUAAAGCAUCAAUUGGAGGAGGAAAAGACGUCUUAUUUUGAUCCAGAAGAUCCUUCUGUCUAUAUCAACUUCAUCAAUGGGAAAGUUAGUCGAGAUCUUACUCAUAAUAACCGAAGUACUCAGAAGAAAGACCGUAAGAAAAACAUGAAAGAAUACCUAGAUUUCUUGCAUAAUCAAUUUUAUAUGUGAGAUCAAUAUGAGGCUCUAAAACCCCCACGAUCUGAUUUAGGAAGCCAUUCUGGGACCAGCUCUUUACAAAAGUUUAGGCCAUUAUCUAAUGUAUCAAGCACCAAGGCUUCAACAAGUCAGAACUUUAGGAAGCGAAUGGUUAGUGGCUUCGCCACUAACCAUAGCCAGAGAGUUCUGAAUCGAAAUGGUGCUUCAGGCUACUUGAUAAAGCGAAAUUUCUUGAAGCCACAGAAUUUGAGAGAAUUUGACAGACUUUAACAGAUAAUUUUUCAAUAUUUGAAGAA